AUGCGUUUCUUCAAUCGCACCAACCACGUCGCCAACGGCCAUACCAACACCCACGGGAACGGCCACACUCCCGCGACAACCACAACACACGGUCGCCGCCACCAUCAUGAUCCGUACAGCAUGGAGAGACGGCCUAGCUUUGGCCAGUGGCUCAAGUGCACAUGGCUUGACAUUGUCACCAUGAUUGCAAUGGGUGCGAUUGGCCUUGGUGUCUACAUGGCCAAGCCAGCGCCCUCCAGGUCAUUUCCCGUCACGUUUUCGGACGGUGAAAUUGUGUGGCCCGAAUUUGGCUAUCCUCUCCGAAAGGAAAUCAUCCCCAUCUGGCUUGCCGCGUUCUUAGCCAGUGUGGUCCCCAUUGUCAUCAUUCUCCUAAUGCAGAUUCGCGUCCGCUCUUUCUGGGACGUGAAUAACGCCGUGAUCGGUCUGCUGUACUCCCUCAUUGUCGCGGCUGUGUUCCAGGUCUUCCUCAAGUGGCUCAUCGGUGGACUGCGACCCCAUUUCCUGGAUGUUUGUAAGCCAGAUAUCAGUCUCGCAAGCGAUCAGGGCUACAACCGCAAAGGUUUUACGAACAUUUACUACACCAAGGAAAUCUGCACUGGUGAUGAGAAAGAAAUCAACGACAGCCUGGAGUCUUUCCCCAGUGGCCACACCACCGCUGCGUUCGCUGGCUUCAUCUACUUAUAUCUCUACCUGAACGCAAAGCUCAAGGUCUUUUCCAAUUAUCACCCCGCCAUGUGGAAGCUCAUCGCGGUGUAUGCUCCUGUCCUUGGCGCGACCUUGAUCGGAGGUGCGCUCACCAUUGAUGAGUUCCACAACUGGUAUGAUGUCGUGGCUGGAGCAGUCAUCGGUACCGUCAUGGCCUUUUCAGCAUAUCGCAUGACUUAUGCUGCUGUCUGGGAUUGGAGGUUCAACCACAUUCCCCUCAACCGGAGUGGCGCAUUCAUGUAUCAGGCUGAGGGUGGCGAAUUGUUUGAUGCUGUAUUUACCAGGAAAGGAGGAUGGGGUGCACAUGGUGGAAUUCGGGAAAAGCCACACCACAAUAGCGCCUUUCACCACUCAGAGCAGCCAACUAUCCCCAGAAAGGCUGUUGGAGGGGCCAGAGGCGAGGAUAUUGUGUAG